AUGGCGAAGAAAUUUACCGAUGCAUUGGUCGAGUAUGUACAAAAGAACAAGAACGAUGCAGUCUGGCGCGGUGAGGAGACUCUAUGGACACAUAUAGACAGUAUAUUCGAUACCUUGAGGGCAAAUAUUAAUGCUGAUGACAAAUCUAUUGAUAUAAUGUGCACAUAUAUAUAUCCCGGGGAUGGCAAGGAAUUCUGUAUAUCAGAGUGUCAUAAAAUUAUGAAUAUCCUGUACUUCAUGAAUGGAUACUCGUACACAAACAGGCAAUGGAUCGCACGGGAGCACAACAACAGUGAGAUGGAGGAUGUCGAACAUUAUAUAAGAUGUUGGGCCGGGGGCAUAGCCCUGGGGCAGCUGUAUGAUAGGGACAGUGCAUACAGUCACAUGGUGCAAAGGGCGGCAGGGCACCUGGAAAUAGAGAAUAGGACAAAUAAGGACCAAUUUAAAUAUGGCAAAUGUAGGAAUUAUAGUUAUGCAGAAAUAGUAACCGGAUUGAAGUUUAUUGCGGCGACCAUGAAGAACAGAAUGGAGGACUGGGAGGAUGGGGGGCUCGGGGCACGGGGAACAUUGAAGGAGGUUGCUACAUGCAAAUCGCAAGGGCCAAGGGGGAUGAGUGCUUGGGCAAAGAAUCAUGGUAUUAUAAAGGCCCUGAAUGAUAACAGUGCUGAGGACAUACAGAAAAUAAUUACAGAAAGUAAUAACGACACUCGGGAAGAAUUAGAUAACAUAUUCAAAGGAAUAGAUGCGACCACAAACAACAGUAAACUGAACACUGCUGUACAGCACGACAUUGAGACCAUUGGGACAAAGCCACCGAAGCCACGGAACACUACUGCCGCAGCAACAGACCUGGUGACAGCAGCCAUUGCGUGUGAUAGGGAUAUGUGGGAUAAAAUAAAAACAGUAUUGUAUAGUUUUAUAGAUCAUAUGGAAAGGAUAGAAGAGCAUGUACAAUUAUAUGGGGCCAAUUGCUUUAACGCUGGUUGGGAACCGUACCAAGGCUCACACAACGCAGGGCAAUCGGUUGCAAACGUGAUAAGGUGUGCGAUCAUGACCGGAGCAUUAUUAUUCAUGGCCAACGGGAACCACAUAGGACCACGUAUAAAUGGUGGCACUGCGCUUAGUAAAGACGAGGAAUCAGAAUUAAAAUGUAUGGUUAUAAAUGUUUUUGAGGAACUAUUGAAAGAAAUGGAAUGUGGAAAAAGAAGUACCAGAGGACUCAUGUAUGCACGGUACACGAUGAAGAAGAUGGAAGACUUAUUAGGCAAAGAGAACCCUUUGACAAAGGGCACGUGCGACUAUGGGCAAUACAACACGAAAUAUGCAAAGGAGGGGUUUAAACUAUCAGUAAUAAGGAGCGGGUUAAUUGGGAAUACACAUGUAAUACAAAGGAUGAGGACACCAGGGAACCCUGCAGUAUGCAAUAAGCCAUGGGCUGAAUACAGGGCGAAGUGGACGAAGGGGAACGAUGAGGACGACGACACAUGGAACCAGAGGGUACUUUUGAAAGCAAUGAAAGAGGAGAAAAUAAUUGAAGCAGUUAAAGGUGUAGUGCAGGAAAUAAAGGAGGAAGUAAAAAGAGUAGAUGACAUGUUAAAGGCAGGGCACCAGACAGUCCAGCCUGCCGCCGCCACACCCGCCUCCGAGCCCAAACCAGUAGCGGCGACCCUGGCAUCACCACCGUCAUCGGGAAGUGGCACGACGUCAACGACGACGACAUCAUCUGGUGGUGGUGGUGGUAAGGCUGGUUACGGUGCUGCCGAAGGAGGAGAGAAGGGGAAGAAGGCCGGAACGGACGACGAUUGUGACUGGAAGAGCAUAGAGGACGAGAAUAGGAGGGAAAUAGUCGUGAUGCCACCUCAUGGUACAGACGAACUAAAAAAAACGAAGAGCGUGCUAGAUGAAUUCAUGAACUAUAUGGAUCAGGAUAACUGGGAAAUGGAUGCCAUGGGUGCGAAUUGUCACAAUACAGGAUGGGAUGAUGUGGAUAAAAAGCUCAGGAGGGAUCAAACUGUGGCGGACGUCAUGAGGUGUCGACUCAUGUCAGGAGCAUUAUUCUUUGCGAACGGAGGAAACCGAAGUGAUAUCAAUGCCCAAGGGAAAACUGGGGUCAUUGAUGACCUUGAAGAAAGGUUAAAAUGCGACAUGUAUUGUGGAGAUAAAAAAGGAUUUAAAAGGGGUAUUGAGUAUGCCUGGAAAACAAUGAAUGAAAUGAACUCCAGUAAAUACGGUGGAACGACAACAAUGACAGGUCCAGUCUUUGAAGGAAGGUGCACCAUGUGUGGGUAUAACAUUCCAGGUGGGCCAUUCAGAAUCAGAAAUGGAGACAUGGUAACCUGGUUCCUGCAGGAAGGACAAAUCAUGAACAAAAUAGGGGUCAUACAAGGAAAGGCGCACUGUAAUACGCUUUGGACGGACUAUACGCAAAGGAUGGGUAUUACGCUAGGUGACGUGCAGAUUGAGGAUAAGAUAACUGAGGUCAAGGAAACAGAGAAAACAAUAAGGAACAAGACGAAGGAAGCUUUUGAAAACAUUAAGGAGUUAGUGGAACAGAAAAUUAAGGAGGAGGAAAAGACAGGUAAGCACACAGAGCAUACGAAGAAUAAGAAUACCAAUAUACGGCCGAAUACGACUACGCCCGCACACGAAUACGAAGAUACGCUCGCCACCGAUACGACCGCGCAUGGAUGCCGCCACAACAACACGCACACGCGGUGGAACAGCGCAUCCUGUUCGCUGCCCCAGUUCGCUGCCCCCACUUCGGUUGAGCGUUGA